UAGCCUAUCCAGCCAUGGCAGACCGGCCGAUGAAGGUAGGGAUGCGCGUGGAGGUUGCGGGGAAGGGCCUGGUGGGCACGGUGGCGUACGUCGGGACCACCAUGUUUGCCAGCGGGAAGUGGAUAGGAGUGGUCCUGGACGAGAAGAAGGGAAAGAACAACGGAACCGUGCAGGGGAAGAAGUACUUCAACUGUGAUGACGGCUUCGGCAUCUUUGUCAGGCAGUCUCAGUUGAACGUGUUAGAGGACCAGUCUGGUGGAUCUGCCAGUACUCCCAGUACACCUUCACAGGAGGAGAAAUCUGUUGCUAAACGAACCCCUGGGUCCAGAGCUCCAAGACCAAGAUCCACAGCCUUUGAAACUCCCAGAGCCUCUCGGGGAAGCCGUGAGAAUCUUGAGUCCAUACCCCAAAGGAAAACACCAUCAUCAAGUUCCAAGCCUCCAGCUAGGAGUGCAUCAUCCUCUGAACUUAAGACUUCAAAGACUGCAAACUCCGACCAGCCCAAAAAGUCCAAAAAAUCCCCAACGUCUAGUAACUUGGAAGAAACCAUCAAGGAAAUGAAGGAAUCCACCCCUUUGUCCACCCCAGCGUCCACCCCUGUGGGCCCUACUGGCCCGACUCAGGCCGAGAUGGACGAGAAAGACAGGGAGAUUGGAGAGCUCAAGGCCAAGAACAAGGACCUGGAGGAGAAGCUGGACACCAUCAAGGUCAAACGUCUGGAGGACAAGGGCAAACUCAAGGAGUUCGAGAAGAGUAAGAUCGAGAUACAGAAGCUUCAAGAGUUUAAGAGCAAGAUGCAAGAGGCCAAGAAUGAUCUUGAGAAACAGCUGAAAGAGGCAAAGAAGGAAGCCAAAGAGGCUCUUGAUGCGAAGGAGCAGUUUGAAGAGGAGAUGAAGGACGUUACGGAGACCAUCGAGAUCGCCACGCUGGAUAAGGAGAUGGCUGAGGAGAAGUGUGAGGCUCAGCAGAUGGAGAUCGACCAGCUCAAGGAGAAACUGGACGAGGCACAGACGGAUCUCGAGCUUCUUAAGAAUGAAAUUGCCACUUCAGGUACAGAGGGUGCUGCCACCAGCUUCCAGGUCAAACAGAUGGAGGAACAGAACAACCGACUCCGCGACGCUCUGGUCAAGAUGCGUGACCUGUCUCAGUCUGAGAAGCAGGAGAACCAGAAGCUUCAGAAGGAGAUUGACAAGUCUAACUCCCAGCUGAAGACCCUGAGUCAGCAGAAGGAGAAACUCAGUAAGGCAGUGGAGGAGGCUGAGGCAACUGUGGACGAACUAAAGGAACAGGUUGACGCUGCCCUUGGUGCUGAGGAGAUGGUGGAACACCUGACGGAGAGGAACCUGCAGCAGGAGGAGCGUAUCCAGGAGCUGGAGGAGCAGGUGGGUGACCUGGAGGCCAUGCACGAGAUGGACGAAGAGAUGCAGGAGAGCGCCCGCGACAACGAGAUCGAGAUGCGCGAAGAGAUCGACAUGGCCAACUCCAAAGUCAGGGAGUUCCAGCGGAAACUGGAAGCCUCUCAGGAGAUGAUCGCAGACCUGCAGCAAACCAUCACCAAAUAUAGAGACCUCACCACCCAGCUCAGGGAGAAGAAUGAAGACCUUGCGGAGCAGACAGCAGAAAUGGGGAAACAGGAGCCGACCACUCCAGUAGAGACGUUUGACUUCAAGACCAAGUUUGCAGAAGUCAAGGCCCAUGCCAAGCAAAUUGACAUGGAGCUGCGUAAACUGGAGGUUCAGCAGGCCAACCAGCACGUCAACCUGCUGUGUGCCUUCAUGCCGGAUAACUUCCACCGCAGGGGAGGUGACCAUGACUGUAUCCAGGUACUGCUGCUCAUCCCCAGGAUGGUGUGUAAGGCUCAACUACUGGCAGACCAAGUCAGGGAUAAGCAGUUUGAGAUCCCGCAGGGCGGUUUAGACCGGGCACAGGUGGUGCGCAGCCACGUGGGAGAACAGCUGGGUUUUGCCAACCAUCUCAUCUACUCCCUGGCCAUCUUCCAGUCCAUCCUGCACAAAUAUGACAAAGCCCUGAACUCUUGUUCUGUGGAGCUGUACAUGAAGGUGGGGACCCUGUACCCAGAGAUGGCCCAGCACGAGAGGGCACUGGAUCACCUCAUCGACCUGCUGAAGAAAGAUCAGCUGGAUGAAACAGUGUCCAUGGAAGCAUUGAACAAGGCUAUUGCUUUCUACCAGGCUGCCAGAGACUAUCUGGAAUCUCAGAAAAGGCCCAAGCACCUGUACAGCGUGCACCUGAUGAACGAGGUGGUGGACUGUACCACCCUGCUCGGGGACCACCUGCGCAUCACGUCGGCAGCGCAGGACAGCGUGCAGACCGACCUGAACCGGCUCAAGGUGCUGCUGCACCCCGGACAGGAGACCAGCGACUUCGCCAUCCUGCUCAAGGACCUGGAGACGUCCAACGGGGACUGUAGACAGUUUGCCAAGAAGAUCAAGAGACACAUGCCUGGUGAGGAGAGCUCCAGGACCCUGUCCUUUGGACAAGAGGUACAUGUGCAGGACUCCCUGGCCGACUGUGCCAAACACCUGGACCGGCUGGUCAGGUGUCUGCAGGACAUCACAGCAGGUGCCAUGUCCCAGGCUGCUUUACUUGGUGACAACGAGGGUAUCCAGGCCAAGAAGCUGGAGGAGCUGGCCUUCAAGGUGUCGGAUCAGGUGUACGGCAAGGACGACACGGGCCCGUUUGAAGCCAUGAGGAUGUCAUUCUCCCUGCUCAUCAUAGCAAUGAAUAAACUGUCAACUGCCAUGAUGGAAGGAGAAUACGAUUUCCAGGGGCCACCUGAACCUAAGGAUACUCGUCCAUACGCUGUCCACUUCCUCCGACCGUCAGCCACUGGUCCAAAGCCCCAACCACCGGUGGCGAUCCGAGCGACGAAGGUAAAGGGAGAGAUCCUGGACUCGGAGGGGAUGGGUCUGAAGCUGGAGGACAGGGAGACUGUCAUACGGGAACUCAAGAAGUCCCUGAAAAUCAAGAGUGAGGAGUUAAGUGAAACCAACGUCCGUAUCGGGCUGUUGGAGAAGAAGCUGGACAAUGCGAAUAAGGAGAGUGACAGUAAGACAGAAUACCUGAAGGUCCAGCUGGAAGAAACCAACGAGGCCCUCCGCAAGAAGGAAGAGGAGUUUGAGAGAACCAUGGACGCCCUCCAGGCUGACAUUGACUCGCUGGAGGCAGAGAAGGCCGAACUGAAACUGAGAAUGAACCAGAUGUCUAAACGCUCUCUCCUGGAGGGUCUGACACGCCACCAGGCGGCCCCCUCCGGUAUUGCAGCUGUGGUGGCAGGGGCUGCAAGUGGUAGUGAUGUAGUGCCUGGAGAUGUGUCGUGGGGUGAAGGUAUGGGCAGUCCGACAUCCCCCGUGGUUCCCAUGACAACUGGCCAGACUCUGGUCCGAGACUCUCCGCUGCUCCUGCAACAGAUUGAUGCCUUGAAGGUGGCUCUUCACCAUGUCAAGCAGGAGAACUUCAGACUACAGGCACAGAAGAUGAACGCCCAGCUGGCCAGCCUGCCCCCGCUGAAGGUGCCUAAGAAGCCGACAGGUCUGAUCAGUAGAACAGGACUGGUCCAAGUGGAGGGAGGGGGAGGGGACGCAGCACCCUCCAGGAACAAACUCAGCGAACUCACCAGGAAGACUGACAAGCUCCUCACAGAUCUGUUCCACAUGAGUGCCUGCCCUAAGGUUGUGGAUAUCUCUCAAAGAAAGCCAGGCACUGUUCCUGUGCUGGAGAAGGCCACCCCUGCCCACCAGCUGGCCCAGAGCACAGCCCGGAUCCAGGCCAUGCAGAAGGCUGCUGACCAGCUCCACAAUGAAGUGCAGGCUUUGGUAGCAGCCCAGCACAAGGGAGGGCAGGUCAAGGGAGACUUUGCUGCUUUUUCGUCUCCAGAACUUGCCAAGGCCUUGGAGGAGAAGGAGAACUCCAUCUGUGUAGGAAAGAUCAGCCUGCCCAGCUCAGAGAAGGGUCUGUUCUCUGUCCACCUCCAACCCAAACAUCUACGAGAAAUCCACUCCAAGUUCAUCAGCUGAGGCUGAAGUCAUCUACACUAGUGUCAAACAGAUCAAAGCUGUCUACAAGAUGCACUGGGGAUAAUUCACUAUUAUUAAUUCUUUUCAUAAUUAUAACCUUCUUGUUAUGUAAGAUUAAGAAGUACUGUAUCAUUAUGAAAACUAGCUCUUCUAGUAAAUGGAGUGCCAGACAACAUUCAUUGCAGUGCUUAAAACUACAGUAUUCUUUGUAGCAAGGAACUUUCGAUUUG